AAUGUAAGCCUGUGGACAGUGAGAUACCGGCUACGUCUUUCCACGCAUAUUAUUAAUGCAGCAAGAGAGACGAACAUCUUGUCGGCCAGCCAGUCACCGGGACAGGGGGGCAACCGGCCAGCCGGUCAGCCGGUCAACCAGGCAGCCGAAGCGAGAAAAGAGAACUGA